ACCAACACCAAUGCCAUCAAGAGAGGAGAUGCAGAGGCAUACGUUGAGUUAAAUGAGCUUCAUGGGGAGGUGUGGCAGGAAAUGGGACGCUGGCUGGGUUAUGAGGAGAACUUAAGCCCUGCCACAGGACAAUGGAGUCAGUCCCACAUUUCCUAUCUCACCUUCAAAAGCCUCAUUCAACUCCGCAAGGUCAUGAGCACAGGUGCGGUGCUGCUAGAUGUUGAUGAGAGCAGCUUGUCAAGCAUUUGUCAGAAGAUGGUGGAACAGCUACUGCUCAAAAAAGUGAUCCGGCCCACUGACCGUGACGCUCUUGUAGCCAUACUGCAACACAAGCGCAGUCAGUUAGAGGCCACUUCAGCCCCUGGUUCAGCAGACAUAGAGCUGCAAACAUUCUCAAUCACUAAACAGUCCAUCCCUUUCUAUGUUUCAGCUGACAAAACAGAACACAUGAUGGGGGUCUCUGAGCUGAUGGUCUCUACCUGCGUGCAGGGCAUCAUCUUUUGUCUGUUUGCAGCUCAACCAGUACUUAUCAUUGGGUUUACCGGUCCAUUGAUGGUGUUUGAGGAGGCAUUCUUUCAGUUCUGCAAGUCAAAUGGCUUUGAGUACAUCGUGGGCCGUGUCUGGGUGGGCAUGUGGUUGAUCGUCAUUGUGGUGGUGAUUGUGGCAGCGGAGGGGAGCUUCCUUGUCCGUUUCAUCUCACGCUUCACCCAAGAGAUCUUCUCCAUCUUGAUCUCUCUCAUUUUCAUCUAUGAGACCUUUGCCAAGCUUAUCAGGAUUUUCAAAGAGCAUCCUUUGGUUUUGAACUAUCAACACUUGAAUGCUUCUUUGGAAGACCCUUUUCACCCUAUCAAAAAGCUUAUUAACAUCACAGAGAAUCCUGAUGGCAAUAUUACUGAACAUCAUGAGAUAAUAGAGAGGGCCUAUCCCAACACUGCCCUGCUGUCCAUGUGCCUUAUGUUUGGCUGUUUCUUCAUUGCAUUGUAUCUCCGUGGGUUUAAAACUAGCACCUUCCUUCCCGGCCCUAUCCGUCGAAUGAUUGGAGAUUUUGGUGUCCCCAUCGCCAUCUUCUUCAUGAUUGCUGUGGAUAUCAGCAUCAGCGAUGCCUACACACAG